AUGAAAUUCCUCAUUUUGUUCCCUCUGUUGGGUUUGGCGACCACAGAGGAAGCGUGCGGGCCAUACCUUCAGGCGACAAAUAUGCUGUUUAUGGCGAGUCUGAUGGUCGCCAUAUCCAUGGAGUGCAGUGGUCUUCAUAAACGGAUUGCAUUGAAAGUCCUGAUGAUUGUCGGCAAUGAUAUCCGCAGACUAUUUGCUGGCUUCAUGUUUACGACAAUGUUUUUGGGCAUUUGGAUCAUCAAUACAGCGGCCACUGCUAUGAUUCUACCCAUUGCUGAUGUCAUCAGUAAAGAGAUAUUGACUGAAGAAGAAUAUAAGGAUGACUUGCAGUUAAAUGAGAGUCAAAGUGAUGAUAGGAAUCAUCACGACUUGAGUAUUCAACUCUUCCUAUCAGUCGAUAAAGAGGUUUAUGUUUUGAAACACAACUCAAAACAGUUAAGAAGUGCUAAAAACGACAAAUUGAGACGACUUUUAUACAUAAGUAUUGCAUAUUCGGCGACAAUCGGGGGAACGACUACACUAACGAGUAACGGGCCUAACCUCGUCCUACGAUUCGUGCUCGACGAGGAGAGCGAAGUCUCUCAGAUAACAAAAGCUCCCAAACAUAUCAUAAAAGAGAAAUACCGAGAAUUGGGUUCAAUUACUUUCCACGAAAGUGCCGUCUGUUUCCUCUUUGUAUUACUUAUUGUCUUAUGGAUGUUAAGAGAUCCACAGUUCCUGAAGGGUUGGGCCACAAUCAUCACCAACAAUAUAAAGCCAAAGGACGCGACGGCCGCUAUUUUUAUAGUGGUUUUGAUGUUUUGCAUUCCCGCCAAACCUAUGGACUCAUUUCCGGGGCCAACACUACUUGAUUGGCAGACAGUGGAGAAAAAGUUGGCCUGGGGGGUUAUCAUACUUCGUGGCGGGGGGUUCUCAAUGGCAGAUACGGCUUCUAAAAGCGGACUCACCAAACUAAUCGGCACCCAAUUGACUCACUUGGAUGUGCUUUCAUUGGUUGGAAUCGUUAUAAUUAUGUCACUGUUGGCCACAAUAUUCACAGAACUGGCGUCCAAUUCAGCGAUUGCCACAAUCUUUCUACCUAUCGCUGGACAACUGGCCACAAGUCUUGAAAUAAAUCCGUUGGUAUUAAUGAUCCCGAUCACACUUUCGUGUUCGUAUGCAUUUGUAUUACCGGUGGGAACACCCGCUAAUGCAUUAGUCUUUAAUCACGCAAAACUUCGCGCCACUGAUAUGACAGUUAACGCUACUUAUGAAUAA